AGUCGGGCCCUUUAAGGGCCGCUCCCGAGGAGGUGCCAGGCCCUGGUGGCUCCAAUCUCUUCUUCCUGGUUGUGCGAAGGCAGGGACUGACCGUAAGGCUGAGGGAGGGGUCGUGCCGGGUGUUCGCCCAGGUGUUCCGGGCCUGCCUACCUUAUGGCGCUGGUCACAGUGAGUCGCUCGCCGCCGGCAAGUGGCCACUCCACGCCUGUGGGACCCACGCAGGACCGAGUGGUAAGACGCAGAGGCCGGCUCCAGCGCAGGCAGAGUUUUGCGGUGCUCCGAGGGGCUGUCCUGGGACUUCAGGAUGGAGGGGACAGUAAUGUUGCAUCUGAGGCUGACUCUGAGCCAAUGGAGGAACCCUCAGGUGAGGAACAGCCCACCGAGGACCAGACUGACAAAGGGCAAGGACUCCAGAGUCCCUGGAAACAAGUGCAAAAGCGGCACCUGCACCUCAUGGUGGAGCUGCUGAGGCCGCAGGAUGAUAUCCGCCUGGCAGCCCAGCUGGAGGCAGCCCGACCCCCCAGACUUCGCUACCUGCUGGUAGUAUCCACGGGAGAAGAACUGAGUGAGGAGGCCAUCCUGCUUGGGGUGGACUUCCCUGACAGCAGUUCCCACAGCUGCACCCUGGGCCUGGUCUUGCCCCUCUGGAGUGAUACCCAGGUGUACCUGGACGGCGAUGGGGGCUUCAGUGUGACAUCUGGUGGUCAAAGCCGAAUCUUCAAGCCUGUCUCUAUCCAGACCAUGUGGGCCACACUGCAGGUAUUGCACCAGGCAUGUGAGGUAGCUCUAGGCAGUGGCCUUGUGCCUGGUGGCAGUGCCCUUGCCUGGGCUACUUACUACCAGGAGAAACUCAACUCUGACCAGGGUUGCCUCAAUGAGUGGAUGGCCAUGUCUGACCUGGAGUCCUUUCGACCACCUAAUGCUGAGCCUGGACAGGCUUCAGAGCAGGAAAAGAUGGAGCAGGCGAUCCUGGCUGAAUUGUGGCAGGUGUUGGACACCAGUGACCUGGACAGUGUCACUUCUAAAGAGAUCCGUCAGGCCCUGGAGCUGCGUCUGGGAUGUCCUCUCCAGCAGUACCGUGACUUUAUUGACAACCAGAUGUUGCUGCUCAUGGCCCAGCAAGACCGGGCCUCUCGCAUCUUCCCCCACCUCUACUUGGGCUCUGAGUGGAAUGCUGCCAACCUGGAGGAACUUCAGAAAAACAGAGUAAGUCACAUCUUGAACAUGGCCCGGGAGAUUGACAACUUCUUCCCUGAGCGCUUCACCUAUUACAAUGUACGUGUCUGGGAUGAGGAAUCGGCACAGCUUCUGCCCCACUGGAAGGAGACACAUCGAUUCAUUGAGGAUGCCAGAGCACAGGGCACUCGGGUGCUAGUCCACUGUAAGAUGGGUGUCAGCCGUUCUGCCGCCACGGUACUAGCCUAUGCCAUGAAACAGUAUGGCUGGGACCUGGAGCAAGCCCUGAUCCACGUGCAGGAGCUCCGGCCCAUUGUACGCCCCAACCACGGCUUCCUGCGCCAGCUACGGACCUACCAGGGCAUUCUGACUGCCAGCCGGCAGAGCCACGUCUGGGAGCAGAAAGUGGGUGUGGUCUCCCCAGAGGAGCCCCUGGCGCCUGAAGUUUCUACACCAUUGCCACCUCUUCCACCAGAACCAGGGGGCAGUGGGGAGGUGAUGGUAAUGGGCCUGGAAGGAAGCCAGGAAACCCCAAAAGAAGAACUUGGACUGCGGCCCCGCAUCAACCUUCGAGGGGUCAUGCGCUCCAUCAGUCUCCUGGAGCCCUCAGAGUCAGAGAGUACCCCAGAGGCGGGAGGCCUGCCAGAAGUUUUCUCUUCAGAUGAAGAGCCUCUUCAUCCAUUCUCUCAGCUUUCAAGAGCCAAAGGUGGCCAGCGGGUCCGCAAGGGGCCUUGGCCUGCCCUGAAGUCUCGACAGUCUGUGGUUGCCCUUCAUAGUGCUGCCCUGGUGGCCAGCAGGACACGGGCCUUCCAAGAACAGGGGCAAGGGCAAGAGCAGAGCGAGCCUGGUAUGUCUUCUACCCCUAGGCUCCGGAAGGUGAUGAGGCAGGCCAGUGUAGAUGACAGCAGGGAGGAGGACAAGGCCUAAGCCCUCAUGCUGUGUCCGCCCCCAGACACUAAUCGCGACUGGUCACAGCGCCUCAGAUGAGUGGUCUUUAGACCUAUGGGCCUGCACACGCCCUGCAGCUCCUUCCCAGCUGCCCUCAGACCUUUGCCACUUCCUGCAGCCUUAGGUCUCAGCCCAUAUCUACCUGUUAAGGGCUCAAUCCUUUUUCUACAUAGGGGCUGGGUUAGAGCCGUUUAAGGUGCCUUUAGGGUAAUAACACCCUAGUUUCAUUGUACACUCACUCACUUAACAUUGUGUACAGCCAUGGAGUUAAAACCAGAAUUUUUUAGGGUGGGUUUUCUAGUUCAUGUCUCCCUUGCCCUCGACUUGUGGCCAUUCCACCCUGCGUCUUCCACCCUCUCCUACUGCAGUCCUGGAGACAGCUAGGCCAGGGGACUAGUGGCCACAAAGGCAGAUAGCACUUUCAGUCCCCAGUCCCACAGGCUCUGAGGGGGCUCACAGGUCACCCACCCACCCACCCAACUGACCCGAAUCUCUGCUGCUGCCCUCAGUUCCCCCAUGCCCCUCACUGGGUCACAGCACUGAGAGUCUUCUUGUUCUUGAAGAUCUCUGGCCAGGCAAGUUUUUCAUAGUUGUAUAGUAUUUGGCUUUGUAUUGAGAAAUAAAAGACAUUUUCAUAUUAAAAGACAUUUUCCAUUUGUGACAAA